GCUUCAAACAUAGAAGUAUAUCCCGAUAAUUCGUUCGCCGGUAUUGAAUAGGUAACUGAUAAGGUUCCAUCCCACAAGGAAUUUUGUGGUGCACGAAUGAACCCUAAAAGUAAACAUUGAAAAUGUCGACGAAGCAGAAAACGCUGAAGGCUUUCCUGGCUACAGCUCGUGCAGCGCUUACGGGACCACCGUCGAAAAGACCGGUUCCGCUGCACUUUGUUGUUGGAAAUGAAUCGGCUGACCUCGACUCUCUUUGCUCGGCGCUCUUCCUAGCAUAUUUUUGGAGUCACACCCCACCCCACACUUUACACGUCCCGCUGUGUCAUUUGCCCCGCGAGGACCUCGCCCUGCGUCCAGAGUUCAGUGAAGCGCUGCGGCGCGCUGCGGUUACGCCUGAUGAUGUGCUUACGCUCUCGGAACUUUUCAAGGCAGAUGGGUUGAAGGCGGAAGAUACGCGGUGGUUGCUAGUCGACCAUAAUGUACUAACCGGAGAGUUGGAAAAGUAUGGAAAGCAAGUGGUUGGGUGCGUGGAUCACCACGAUGACGAAGGAAAAGUACCCGAGGACGCCGAACCAAGGGUUAUACAGAAGACGGGUAGCUGCAUGAGUUUGGUUGUAGAAGAGUGUCGUGGAACGUGGAACAGCCUAGCGGAAGAGGGUAAAGAAGAAGCGCUGCAGAUUAAUGCGCAAUUGGCAUACCUUGCGCUCGCAUCGAUUCUUAUUGAUACGGCGAAUCUGGGGAAUAAGAAUAAAACGACGACACACGAUGAGCAAGCUGUGGAACUCGCGGAGAGCCGGGUCUCAGCGGAUACCUCUGCUGGGGAAGAUACGUACGACAGGAAGAAAUUCUACGAUGGACUGUCUGCGCUUAAGGAGGAUGUCUCGGGGAUGUCGUUUCGGGAUAUCUUCCGUAAGGAUUAUAAAGAGUGGGAUGAAGGGUCUCUGAAAUUGGGAACGUCGUCGGUGCCGCAGUCUUUUGCGUACUUGGUGCGCAAAGCUGGGGAUGAGGCGGCGUUUGUAAGGGAGCUUGGGAAAUGGGGUGAAGAGAAGGGAUUGGAUCUCGUGGCUAUUCUUACUACGAGUAAAGAGAGCGGCGAGUUUAAGAGGGAAUUGCUUGUCUGGGCACGGACGGGACCUGAGGUUGUGAAGGCAGCGAAAAAAUUCUCCGAGUCUGAUGGAAGAGACAAAUUAGGGCUAGGUACGUGGGCUGAUGGAAAGUUGGAUCUGGAAGACGGAAAGAAGGAAUGGAGAAAGUGUUGGACACAGGAGAGAAUCGAGAAUAGUCGAAAGCAGAUUGCGCCUAUGUUAAGAGAUGCGCUAAAGGGAGUAAAUGCGUGAGUACCCUUCGCGACAUCACGGCAUUUUAGAAUGGGGAGCAUUAGCGUGACAUUUUAGCAUUCAAUAUACAAUACUCAAAUACUUUUCAAUUCAUUCCUCAUAACUCUUCAUCGCCAUCCACCCACCCAAGCCAUCAGAUCAUUCGCUACUGCGCAGCGACAAUGGCAUCGAGCCAUUUAGCAAGACGGUAGCCCUGCUUGGCGAUUUGGAGCUCAACAGCAGGCUGGGCGGCCGUGG